AACGAAUGUAAAAGUGAAACUAAACAGAACUAGAAGCUUCAAUAGAAUCAUUUAAAAGAUCAGAAUAACUAUUCAGACUCUCUGAGACGAACACAUGUCAUGGCGUCCUCCAGUGGUCCAUUAAAUGAUGAGCUUCAGUGUUCAGUGUGUCUGGAUGUGUUCAGUGAUCCGGUCACAACUCCAUGUGGACACAACUUCUGCUUGACCUGUCUGAAAGAGUGCUGGAAAGACACCUGCAUCUGUCCGUUAUGUAAAGAAAACUUCAUAAAGAGACCUGAUCUCAAAAUUAACACAACACUCAGAGAAGUUGUGCAGCUCUUUAAAGAGAAGUUUCAUCUGAGAAAAUCUGAGGUUUCUUGUGACAUGUGUACAGAAAAAGCCAUCAAGACCUGUCUGAUGUGUCAGAGCUCUUAUUGUAAAACUCAUCUAGAACCUCACAUGAGAGUUCAGCGUCUGAAGAAACACACAUUGAUCAGUCCUGUGGAAAACCUAGACGAUUAUAUCUGUCAGAAACACGAGAGACCUCUGGAGCUCUUCUGUAGAGAUGAUCAGAUAUGUGUGUGUCUCUUCUGUAUUGAAGGAGAUCACAAGACUCACAACACUGUACCUAUAGAGGAGGAGACUAAAGAGAGGAAAACUCAGGUGGUAAAGACACAAGAAGAUGUGCAGCUCAUGAUUCAGGACAGAAUCAAGAAGAUUCAAGACAUCCGAAACUCAGCAGAGAUGAUAAAGAACAACAUAGAUAAAGAGAAAUCAGACACUGUGGAGAUGUUCACCAAUCUCAUCCCCUUCAUUGAGAGACAUCAAUCUAAGUUGAUGGAGAAGAUGGAGGAGAAACAGAAAACAUCAGAGAAACAAGCUGAAGAUCUCAUUAAAGAUCUGGAGAAGGAGAUCAGUGAGCUGAAGAGGAGAAACAUUGAGCUGGAGCAGAUCUCAAACACUGAAGAUCAUCUUCAUCUCAUAAAGAUUUAUCCAUCUGUAUGUAGGCCAGUGAACAUGAAGAACUGCUCUGAGAUCAGUCUUGAUAUUGCCAGUGUGUACACUGUGACAGCUCUCACUCGACUUAAAGAGACUCUAGAUCACAAACUCAUACAUACUGUGUUGAUGAGGAUGCAGCAGUUUGCAGUGGAUGUGACUCUGGAUCCUGACACAGCUUCUCCUAAACUCAUCCUGUCUGAUGAUGGAAAACAAAUGAGACAUGGAGACAUUAAGAAAGAAGUCCCAGACAAUCCAGAGAGAUUUGAUACAGGUUCAAAUGUUUUGGGAAAGGAGGGAGUCUCAUCAGGAAGAUUUUAUUUUGAGGUACAGGUGAAAGAAAAGACUGCCUGGGAUUUAGGAGUGGCCAGAGAAUCUGUUAACAGAAAGGGAAAGAUCAAACUGAGUCCUAAGCAAGGAUUCUGGACUGUGUGGCUGAGAAAGGGAAAAGAUUAUACAGCUAAUGCUGGCCCCGCUGUCUCUCUAUCUCUGAAAGUGAAACCACAGAAGAUUGGUGUGUUUGUGGAUUAUGAGGAGGGUUUGGUCUCCUUUUAUGAUGUGGACUCCAGCUCUCAUAUCUACUCUUAUACUGAUCAAUCCUUUACUGAAACUCUCUAUCCAUUCUUCAGCCCAUGUAAUAAUGAUAACGGUAAAAACUCAAACCCUCUGAUCAUCUUACCUGUGCGCAAAUGGAUGAAAAAAUAAGACGCUGAGAAUAAGAAAGCGUUAAAGGAAAAUAUCACCCAGAAAUGACAUCAAUAACCCUCAUGUCAUUCCAGAUUAAACAUACACUGAUUUUUCUGUGGAACAAAAAAGAAUAAUUUACAGACAUCUUUUCGCUAUCUGUAUAAAAAAAUCUGUAGAAAUUGCAGCUGGGUUGGCGGUAACUUACUGUAGAUUUAAAUUUAUGUUAUUUACUGGCAAAAUUUUGUUCAAAGUUAAAUGAACAUUAAACAUUUACAAAUGUUGUAAAAAGUAAAACUAAAAAAACAGCAUCAAGCAAAACAUUCUGGAAAACAAAAUCUGAAGCAAAAAACAGAAAAAGGUUGAUGAUGAUUUCUGGUUCCCAAAAUGCUUUGCAUGAGGCCAUUAUUGUAUAGUUUUAUACUGUAAAGAUAAAGACUUGUUAAUAUUUAACAUUUAUUUAACUUUGAACAAACUCUUAAAUUACCGGCAACCCAGCUGCAAUAACAUUGUAAUUUCUACGGAUUUUUUACGCAAUUUAAAUUUUCUGUGUGUGCUGCACAUGUGGCAAAAUUGAUAAUAAAACAGACUUAAACUUGACUCUUAUACCACCUGUCAAACAUUUCCUAUUGCCUUUAGUUUCUAUACAAACAUAAAAACUGUUUGCGAGCGGGGCACAACUGAACCAAUAAUAACCAGAAAACCUCUACAACACUUUAAAAAGAAGUGACUUAAAAAUUCAAAUCUUUAAUACAGGCACCCACCCUCAUGUGCAUUGUUAAGAUUGUAAACAU